CAGAAGAAGUCAUUGGUCAAGAUGAAUGGAGUGAGUGGAAGCCAGUGUCGCUUGAGGCAGCUCGAACACACAACAAAGAUGGCAGACACAGGCACGCCCCAGCGACCUGCCCGGGGUGGCAAACAUCCGCCUAAAGAAUCGAGUGGGCUGUUGAUGUCAGUGAUCCGGACGCUGUCAGCCAGCGAGAGCAAUGAACAGCGUGACCGUGAGAAGGCAAGGCUGGAAAGAGUUCAUAGUGUCGACCGGGGUAAUUUGGACCAGGUUUUGACAAACUUUGAUACUAUCUUUGGGGACGUAUCUGGACGUCUUACAGAGUCCCGCAAGCGGAUCCGCACCAUUAAGGAUAACCUGGCAGCAUGCAAACAUCUCCUCCACUGCAAGCGGGAUGAGUUGAAGGAGCGCUGGCUGGAGGGAGUAGAACACAAACAUGUUAUGCUUUUACUGGAACAGAUAGAUGAGGUUCAGGAUGUGGGUGAGCGUGUUGGGGCUUAUGUGGGAAGGAAGCAUUACCUCCAUGCCACACAGCUGCUGGUCACUUCCCUCACACGCCUGCGCACAGACCUAAAGAAGGUGGAGGCCCUUAAGGAUGUCAACACUGACCUACAUUCCAGGAAGGAGAGACUACACGAGGCACUAAUAGAGGAGGUUCAUGAGCACCUAUACCGGCGGUGGACACGGGAGGUGCUUUCACUGCGCCGGCAGGGAUCUGGUCGAGAUCCUGCCACAGCUCUGGCCCGGGCUGGUUCUGAUCGUGCCAGCACAACCACCAAAGCUGACAAGGCUCGGAAAAAUCUCCUGGAGAUGAUGACCUCACCUGGAAAAGUUAGGGGCCUUGGGGAUGGAGAAGUGUUGCAGGAGGACGUAAGUGGGAGUGGCAACCCGGAGGAUGACUCUCAGCACUUCAUGGCGAUAGUGGUGGAGUGCCUUGCCUUGCUUGGGAAGCUACCUGAUGCUGUGGAGACCAUCAACCGAAGAAUGCAGAAGGAACUUGCCCUCAUCAUCCAAAGAACCACACAGCAGAUAGUGGAACACCACCCUCCUGCUCCUCCAGAGGAUGAACCUCCCCCUGCCUCUGCUCCAACUAUGCUCCGUGCUGAUGCCCGGGAGGCAAGGCUGCUGCAGGAGCUGCUACAGGUGGUGUUUGAACAGCUGCGACUGGUAGUGGCUGCUCACAGAUCAGUGCUUGCCAGCCUCCGCUGCUCUGCUGACAAGCAUGGCCUUGAGGUGCAGCUUUACACCAUGCCAGAUGUGUGGUCCAAGGUUCAGGCUGCACUGCAAGUGAUGCUAAGUGAAUAUUUAGAUUUGAGUCAGCUGGGAACAGGACAGCAGCAAGCACCAGCAGCCUUCACUGAAGCUGCCUCUGAUCUCUCUUCCUUCUUCUCAAAGAAGAGGACUCCAAGGUCUAAACCUUAUGGCCUAUUUAAGUUUGAAGCAUCCUACCAUGCUAUGACCAUGAAUUCUUACCUCAUGGAGCAGCUGGAACAGACCGGCGGUGACACUGUUACUUUUGACAUAUCUGUUACUGAUGGCAAUGCAUCCAGCACAGCAGGUAGAGGCAGCAAGGUGGGGAAGCGUGUCCUAGUGUGUUCGCCUUCUCCACACAAUAUCACUGCAAUCUUUAAUCCUCUGCAGCUAUUCAUCAAGGAGAUAGAGGAAGCACUUGGCUGCUCUCCUGGGACACACUGCACGCUGUAUGUCUUCAUCACAGAUUACAUCAAGGAUGCCUUUUUUGCCCAGCUUCACAUGGAGACAGAAAGCCGUCUUGAACAAGCAACCAAGGCUCUAGACCUGUGGAAGACCGUUAAGGACCCAGCCACACUGCGUUCCCUGAAAGUGUCUCGUCCUCUUCUGGAGAGCAGCCUGAGUGUGUGGCAGAUCAUAGAAGAGCUGCGAUGGCUGCUUGGUGCACUUCCGCUUUAUGCCGACCAUUUUGUCACCAGGAUGUGCAACACUCUUAUGAGCUACAGAGAGACUUGUCAGGCUGCCUACCGGGGCAUUACCCAGCCAGACUCAGAGGACAAGAGGAUCAUCUCUGCAACUUGGGCCAAGGAUGAGGAUAUCAGUCGUUUCCUUAGAGAUCUCCCUAACUGGCGGGCACUUCAGGCUGGCGUCACUUCAGAUUCCUGCCUGGAAGAUGAAAAUCCAGAGGAGGUUGGUGAGCGCAACCGCAAAGAAGCAGAGAUAUUGACAGGCAAUCUCGGGGAUCAGCUGAUUCCACAACAUGAGAUACUGGCUGACUCAGGCCAACUGCGUACUUUAGCCCACUUGCAGGAGAGCUUGGAAUGGUUUGGGGGAUGUAUAGUCAAAUUUGCAGCAUCUCUGCCAGUGAAGUCAUCUUCCUCCAGUAUCUUGGUGUCUGGUGAGGUGCCUCCUGUGUCUGAUGCCUCUGUGCAAACCCUCACCUCUCUAGCCAAGGACUUUGAAGAGCUGGCUCACACUUGUCUCCUUGUGUUGCAUUUAGAGGUGCGACUCCAUUGCUUCUUCUAUCUGCUGCCAGUGGCUCGGGGAGGUGUAUUUGCCUCUGGGCUAGAUUCUCAGGAACCAGAUACAGAGGUACUCAAACUGAUCAAGGAUCUUGCCACCAUUGACGAGGCCCUUACCAGCACUCUCCACCCUCGCAAGUGCAAGUACAUUUUUGAAGGACUGGGACCUCUCAUUGCCAACAUAUUGAUGAGUUCUGUGGUACACAUUCGGCGUAUUAAUGAGAAUGGCAUCAAGAAGAUGUGCCGCAACAUCUUCAGUAUACAACAGCAGCUGACCAACAUAACAAUGACACGAGAGUUGGCCCUGGAUCAGGCCCGCCAAUACUACGAGAUGCUUUACCAUCCCCAGGAUGAGAUCCUCAAUGUGCUGAUGAACCGUGGGAAGCAGUUCUCCGAGUUAGAGUACUUAAAUGCCUUGCAGCUUUUGCACCGUUCCUCACCAGGCUCAUCUCAGGAAACUCUUCAAGCCAGUUUGCAAAAACUCUCUGAAAUUUUUGGGGAGAUUGGGGUAACAGUGUAGUGCUCCUCUCUGAAGAAUGUAAAUAUCUGUUACUUAUGUAUUAUAUAUUGCCCUUUUUGUAAACUGGAGGGCAAGUUGGUGCUACAGAUGUCACUGGAUAUCCUCCUGAUUUUCCUCAUGUGACUAGGUGCGUGCAUCAUAUAUAUGUAGGCAAGUUAUUUAUGUUGAUGCUUGAUGUUAAGGCAAAAGGCUUAUGCCACAGCUGCUGCCUGUCAUGCUCACAAGGCUCCUAUCUGCUAAGUAUGACCAUCUGUGAUACCAUGAAUCCUCUUGUGGGAAAUCUUAUGAUCUGUCACAAACCUAGUUUUUAGUGUAGGAAAUGUGAGGUGGUUAGUUUGGGUGACUUUAGGAAAAUGUGGUACGAGAUAAGACAAUAGGCAUCAUUGUAAGGAACUACACUCCAAUAAGCAAGUACCAUAAGGUCAUAAUUUCAUGUCCUAAAAUUAGUUUGUGCAUUUUGUUCAUUAUUUAAUUUCAUACAUGAAGCAAGCAGUAAAGUUCAUCUCAUUAUAAGUAGUAUAUUAAUUUCUCAUUCAUCAACUAUGUAUAGUUCUGAAAUAGAAACUGUAGUAAGAAGAGUUUUAUCUAGAAAAAAAAAAAAUCGUUGGGAUCCAUGUAAUUUAUGUAUUCUGAACUGAUAUUUGACUGCAAAAUCAUUUUUUUUUUUUUUUUUAAAUCUUUGCAUACAUGUGGCUAUGGUAACAGCAAAAAAAGUAGAUUCCAUUGGAAACAAAUUUGCCAUAUUGAAAGCUUAUGAGAAAAGUUUGUCCUGUGAUUGUCAAUAUGAGUGUUCCUGACCUAAAGAGGAGUACAGAUUGGAAUAAUUAUGGUCUUGAAAUAAUAGCUGAUCUGUGUUCAGUUAAUUCAUGGUAAGACAAAUUGACUAAUAUGCUGACCAAAUGGGAUAAUUCCAUGUUACUGAUUUCACAUUAAAGUUAUAGUAAGCCGAGGUACUAAAAAAUGCAUAACAGUAUAAGCAUUAGUCCUUUGAAUUUUACAUAAAUGCUUAAAAUUUAAUACCAACCCUUCCUUGAUCCAGCACUGUAUCCUAGAUAAGGUAGUCUUUGUGGAAAGAAACCUGAUAGCUUUCAAUCCAAAAGCAGCACUGAAUAGUUUACAUUUGAAUUAUCUUCAUAUUCCUUUCAUGGGGAAAAUACAAGAUCAUAGUGUCUCAAAUAUAAUGUAUAUAUUUCUAUCUGUUACCUUCUUUCAAUUUAUGAAAUUAUGAAAAAAAAAACAAGCACUCAGAACUUUUGUAAACAAUCUUUGUUAAUUGUUCUUCCCGUAUUCAAUACAUCAUUUGAAGAUUCACCAAAUUAAUUACAGUGGUAAAUCAGUAUAUGCCCUUUAUCCAUUCUAGAUUCUUGAACUUUUAACACAAUAAAAGGGGGAAAUGAUUAAUCUAUUCCCAUGAAAAAAUCCUAUUGUUAUGUACAGUACAUUGAUGGGAUUCUAAAGAAAAAUAAAUGCAUACUGCUUGAUACUAGCACAUACACCAUAUCUGAUGGUAUUUAAGAUACACCCCAUUUCAGCAAGGCAUUUAUUUAUUUAUUUUUUUUUUUUUUUCAAUGUAUUUAACCAUAUAUUUAAAGCAAGCUGGUGAUAAGUCUAAACAAAAAAACAUGUUAUCACAAUAAUGAGAAUAUUCUAUGUGAUUACAGUUAUAAACUAGAAGUUGUGGCCCACUCGUGGAGGUGAGGGAAAAAAAAAAAAAAAAAAAAAAAAUAGCCCCAGCUGUUGAAAUGUCAACUUGAUGCAUUGCUGAACAAGACCAAUUUCAUUUCCAGCAUUUUCUUACAUCUUAUUGUGGUUACAAAAAUGACAUAGCACCCUUGCCUGAUUUGGCACUGUAAAUCUUUGGAUGUAUGGAUGAAAUUUAAAAGAUACUGUGGGAGGGCUCUCAUCCACAUAUAUGACAUAGGGUAAUUUUUUUAGGCAAUUUAAUGAAAAUGUGUCUUAUUCCAUCAAGUAUGUCAUAUAAAAGGAAUUAGAUGAAAUAUAGAAAUUUAACCUCUACCUACUGAAAAGAACAGAGUUCUGGGCAACCAUGACUUGUCUCGAGAGGCAAUUCAGGGAAGCAUGCAGUGUUGCGACUCAUUUUGACUCAUAAAAGUUCUAGCAAACGAGUUUUAUUCCAAACAAAAGUUGUAUACCAAGUAAAUAUUUUAACAUCUAAACAGUACAUAUACCAAGCAAGACUUAUUCCAAAGCAGACAUAUACGGAGAUACUGUACCCCUCUAUAUCCAUUUAAAUUCUUAAAUUUUUCCCCACCAACAUUUGAUAUUAAAUAAUUUUGAUUUUCAGUGAUUCCUAAACUGUACCUGUAAGUGGAGUAGGAGUAGUUACCAUACAUGGGAUGCAGAAAGUGUGGAUUCACAGAGUUUAGAAGGAACUAUAAGAGGUCAGUUACCUUCACGGUACAUUUACCCUUCUUUCCUCUCAAUCCAGUAUCCACAAGCGACUCCUUGUUACUAGAAAAACUAGGAGCUCACUGUUGAGGCGAUGGGUGUGGCACUGGACCAAUCACACUUUUACCUGUGAUGUAAGAAAUAGUUUGUUACCUAUAUUUCCUAGACAAAAGAAAAUGUUAAUAAAGACAGAGUAUAU